AUGAUCAAUAAUAAUAAUGAUGAUAAUUUUGAUGAUAUUGAUUUGGAUGAAAUUUUUAAUGAUUUUAAUGAAAAAAAAUCAUCUAUUCAACGACAACCAUUAAUUAAAUAUGAUUUAAAUUGUAAAACAAAUCAAGAUGAUUUGUUUGAAUUUAAUGAAAAUGAUUGUACAGCACCAAAAAUAAAUCGAAAACGAACAAAAACUAUUAAAAAAAUUCAUGUCAAACAAAUGACUAUGUAUGAUUAUGCUUCAAGUGUAUCAUAUAAACAUAAACAAUUUUAUUCAUCAUUGGAUAAUACAAUAACAACAAAAACAAUUAUCAAAGGACAAAAACGUUCAUUAACAGAAUAUCAAACAUUAUCACCGAUUUCAAAAAAAAUGAAAACAACUGAAUUUGAUAAUUUAUCAUCAUCAUCAUCAACACAACCGGAUUUUAUUGAUAAUCUUUUACGAUAUCUUGAUGAACGUAGUCGUUGUAAAACAGAACAGCCAAUAAAAGAAGAAAAAACAUUAAAAAAUGAUGAAUUGAAAACAAAAGAAAAUUAA